AUGACCAAGGCCAACGGACAACACGCAGCGCGCAAGCUCGUCCGCCUGCGCCGCAAGAACCGCUGGGCAGACAAGGGCUGGAAGAAGUCCCACACCUUUGUGGCACAGAAGGCCAACCCCUUUGGUGGCUCCUCCCACGCGAAGGGCAUCGUGCUGGAGAAGAUUGGUGUUGGAGCGAAGCAGCCUAACUCCGCCAUUCGUAAGUGCGUUCGCGUGCAGCUGAUCAAGAACGACAAGAAGAUUAUUGCCUUUGUGCCGAAUGACGGUUGCCUGCACUUCAUUGAGGAGAACGACGAGGUGCUGGUGUCUGGAUUUGGCCGUUCUGGCCACGCCGUCGGUGAUAUUCCCGGAGUGCGUUUCAAGAUCGUGAAGGUCUCGAACGUCGGUCUUUAUGCCCUCUACCGCCAAAAGAAGGAGAAGCCUCGCAGCUAG